AUGUCAACAAACGUUAACGUGAAAGAAAUUGAGACUUUAAAGGCUUUAUUACGCGAGCAAAAGGCCUAUGUCGCUGCUAAUAAUGAAGGUAUAAACAAAAGAAUUAAUGAUCUAUUUGAAAGACAAAAUGCCAAAUUCAAUCAAUUGAACUCUGUUGUUGAUCUUUUAAUCAAAGAAAAUCAAGAAAUGAAAGGUUUAAUUUCCAAUCAAAGAUUUGUUAUUCAACCAGUGAAUCCAUUCAAUCUGAAUCAAGGUGGUGGUAAUCAAAACAAUGCACAAAAUAAUGGAAAUCAAAUGAUGAAUGGCAACUCAUCCCACCAAGCUGUGAACCCAUUCCAAGAUCCAUCGUUCAUAGCUGCAUCAACCCAUUCAGCUAAUGGCUCUACAUCUUCCAAUUCACAUGUCACUGCAGACCCACAACAACAGGUUGUUCAAGCUCAACAAGCUCAAGCUCAAGCUCAAUCCCAAGCGGCCCAACAACAAGCUCAAGUACAAGCUCAACAACAAGCCCAAGCUCAGGCACAGGCACAAGCUCAUGCUCAUGCUCAGCAACAAGCCCAACAACAAGCACAUCAUCAUCAACAGCAACAACAGCAGCAACAUCAUCAUCAUCAUUCACAUCAUGGUCAUCAUCAACAUAUUUCACAACAGUCACCAACUCAACAUUCCACUCCACAUCAAGCUGUUGCACAUCCACCACCAGUUAAUCAACCAGGUCCAAGUGCUCAUACACCAGUGUUAGAUCCUGCUUUAACGGAUCAAAAUGCUAAUGGUUCGAUGAUUAGAUUUAUAAAUAAUCAAUAUGUUGAUGAUUCAGAAGCGCAAUUGAAUGCAAACAAUAAUAAUCAACCAGGAAGUAAUAGUUCAAGAAUUGAUUUUGUGUUCAUGGAUCCAAGCUCAAAUAGAAGAGGUCAAUAUAGAGUACACUCUAAUUCUAUUACCCCAACCACUGGAGAACCUAAUUCAAGUGUUGCAAGACCAGAAGAUACUUCAAUAAGUUCAGCAAAUACUGAUACUUCAAUAACGAUACCAAGCGCAAGUCGUUUACAAAGAUCCAACAACAGAGCAAGUGAAUUUGAUGCUGAAAACUAUGAUUUGAUUAUACAUAAUGAUUUCAAUAGAGUUGAAGAUGUUUAUUAUGAAUAUUAUAAUUCAUUAAAACCACAAGUUGAAAAAGUUUCUAAAGCAUAUAAAGUUAAGAAAAUUAGAAAAUAUCAAAAAAUUAAAGCUUUAGCUGUUAGAAUUGAUCGUUAUAGAAAACUGAAGAAUUGUUCAUUAGAAGAAAGUUUUGAUUAUUUUGAAGAUUUAAGACUUGGUAGUGAUAAUAGAAAGAAAACAGUUGCUUGGUUAUAUAAUUCAUUACCUGAAGUUUUGAGAAAAGUUGGUUUAGAAGAUCAAUUGAAAAAAUCUGGAGGUGCCUCAUAG